AUGGCUGCCUUUCAGUGCAAGAACCCUCACGCUUUCGCCUCCUCCCCUGCAUUUAUUCGCCGAUCCAUCUCGUCCGCCGCCCCAGUUGCCAGGAUAAUCGGCGACACAAGAAUAAAGUGUACAACGUUGGCGUCUGCUUCGCCCGCGGUUCUUAAUAACUCAACAGCCCCACCGUUAACAUCUUUUAAUGAGUUGAUUGAAUCUUUGAUCAAACGAGUGGACCUGUCUGAAUCGGAGGCUGAGGCGUCGUUGGAUCUUCUGCUGAACGAAGCCAAUGAGGCAUUAAUCAGUGCGUUUCUUGUUCUGCUGAGGGCCAAAGGUGAGACGUAUGAAGAGGUGGUAGGAUUGGCAAAGGCGAUGUUGAAGCACAGUAAAAGGGUGGAUGGUUUGGAUGAAGAUGGUGUUGACAUUGUUGGGACUGGAGGCGAUGGUGCGAACACUGUGAAUAUUUCAACCGGUGCUUCCAUUCUAGCAGCAGCUUGUGGGGCUAAGGUUGCGAAGCAAGGUAGUAGAUCGAGUUCCUCAGCUUGUGGCAGUGCUGAUGUGUUGGAAGCCUUGGGGGUUGCAAUUGAAUUGUGCCCUAAGGGGGUAAGAAGAUGUGUAGAAGAAGCAGGAAUUGGUUUCAUGAUGGCUCCUACUUACCAUCCAGCAAUGCAGAUUGUCAGACCUGUGAGGAAAAAGCUGAAGGUGAAAACCGUAUUCAACAUUUUGGGUCCUAUGUUGAAUCCAGCACGGGUUCCUUAUGCCGUUGUUGGUGUUUUCAAGGAAGACCUGGUCUAUAAGAUGGCAAAAGCACUUCAAAAAUUUGGCAUGAAAAGGGCAUUGGUUGUUCACUCAGAAGGACUCGAUGAAAUGAGUCCUCUUGGGCCUGGAUUAGUCCUUGAUGUCACCUCGGACAAGAUAGAAAAGUUUUCAUUUGACCCCUUGGAGUUUGGAAUCCAGCGCUGUAACCUGGAUAGCUUGCGGGGUGGAGAUCCACAGUAUAAUGCAGAAAUGCUCAAGCAAGUACUAUCAGGAGAACAGGGUUCCAUUGCUGAUGCACUUGUCCUAAAUGCAGCAGCAGCUCUUUUGGUCAGUGGACGUGCAAGCACUCUAGCUGAAGGAGUGGCCCUCGCUCGUGAAACACAGAAAUCAGCAAAAGCUAUGAAGACCCUCGACUUGUUGAUCAAUACCUCCAAU